GAAUCACGAGGAGGGUAAGCCCUGCGCCUGCGCAACAGAAAGAGAGAAGGACUACGGUCUUCAGCGUUUGCUGGCGAAUUGAAGAUGUAUUAUCAGUUUAAUGGUUUUACCCAGCGCCUUACGGGCUCCAUUGCCCAGAAGGCUUAUUAUCCGCAGGGGCUGCAAGCUGCAACUCCAGUGGAGUCUGCACCUUUAAUAUUUGCCACCCCGACAAAGUCUUCUUUGGGACACGGUACUCAUGCAGUUCCUGAAUAUAUGGGCAAAAAUAAAGUCCGUGAUCUUCAGAAGCUGUUCCAGAAGCCAGAUGGCAUUCCGGUUCAUCUGAAAGGUGGAUACACUGACAGGUUACUCUACCGGAUCACCAUGGCGCUGACAAUUGGUGGAGCUAUUUACUCACUGGUUGCGCUUAUACUUGCAGCUCAGCCACAAAAGAAGUAGUGACUUAUUGGACAUUGUUAUUAAUAUCAAUAAUGUUAGAAGCACCUUAAUAAUAUAUUUACUAAUAGUAUAAUUAGUUCUGAACACGUUUAUACUAGGGAUGCACUGAAUCCUCUGUUUUUGCGAUUCGACCAAAUCCAAACACAAUUUUCAUAGGUUAAUGAUUUGAUUUAAAAUGCAUGUGUUGUGUGCGGUUACAAAUUGCUUAUGUUUGCUCUUUUUUAGGGUUCGGAUUUGGUUGAACUAGGCAUUUCGAUUAAGCUGAAUCAUGCUGAAAAAGGCUUAGAUUCAAUGCAUCCAUUGAUGCACUUGUACUUGUUACAUCUCUGAAUUUGAGUAUUAUUUUUUUGUCACAGAAUUGAUAACAUUAAUUUUGUAAACAAAAAUGCCAAAGGAAGAAAAGUUUUAAUUUAUAUUAUUAGGUAAGUAGAAUGUAACUUAUUUUGGAUUUAUUAAAUGAAGAAACAGAAGGGCACUUAUAAUCUAACUGUGAAAUGUAUUAAGUUUGAAACCGUUCAUAGUGCUGUUCUUUAUACAAUAUUCUGCGGAGGUCUUCAGUCUAAAAUAUCACUGAUUUAUUACUAGCAAUUCUGACAUGUUUCUAUCAACUUUUUAAAUCACAUUUUGGUAACACUUAGUUGUAAAUCAGAACUCUAAUAUCUGCAGUAUACUAAAAAUACAUUUCAAAAUUACUCUGAGCUCUGUUGCUACUAUUUCUUUUCAACUAUUGAACUUAGAAGGAAACUGUUCUUGAAAAAUCAACAGCAGUACUAAAAUUGUCACUUUCCUAUUUACUGUUUUUACUAUAACCACUACAAAGCCUAUAAGAAAAUGAAUCAUCUUAAUAUUUACUUCCUUGUGAGUUACACCUGAUAUUUUUAUGACUUAACUCACAUGAAGAAUUAUUUUCUGAUGUGUGUGCAAAGAGGGAAGCAAAUGAUAUAAUAAAGAUAAUUUGAAAUUAA